GAUGAAAAAUCAAAGUCAACAAAGUUUUCAUGGGAAUUUUAGUGGCUUCUGUUACAGCUAACAUUGAAAAGCUACGUUACAGCAGUACUUGUAUGCAAAGGUAUUUGAAGACCACUUCUUAAUCAUGGAGUUUAAGACACAAAAUAGUCUUGUUGUUUUCUUUUAAUCAGUUUCAGCAGUAGGUGCGGUUUUGGUGUCUUUUUGGAAAGAAGCUCAACAAUAUUAUUGCUCCAUUUUCAACUCCUACACCUACCUCAAUCCAGGGCAGUUGGGUUCUUUCUUUGUCUCUUUAGCAACUUUCCUCUCUCCAAUCACAUUCAUUUCUCCACAUUUAUCGUUCUUACCAGAUAAUUUUUCCAUUUUUGUAGCAUUUAGUUCUCAAAAGCUCGCAUAAAUAUUUCUCAAAGUAAGACAAUCCCAUCUCAAGUGCUACUCUAAAGAGUUAGAUAGAGGUAGAGAGAAAGAGAGAGCCAAAUCUCUCUAUGAAGACAAUCAAGCUUCAGAAGAUUUUUUGCAAUAACCAAUCUUCUGUCAUGUUAAGCAUUGUCAGAAGAAAAAUUAAGGUUCUCUGCUCAAAGAUUCAGCGGCUAAUAUGGGGGCGAUCGAGGCCUAAAGUUGUCAUCAAGAGGCUUGGGAAGUGGAACUCAGAAGGUCAGUCUAAAAGAAACAACAAUGCUAAAAUUGUCAAAAAUGUUCAACUGGGGUUGGGGCAUUCUUUCUCAAAAAGACCAAUACGCAUAGCCACAUUUAAUGUUGCUAUGUUUUCUCUUGCACCUGCCCUUUCAAAGGCUGAUAAAUUAUCAGCCACUAAUAAUCAUGAACACGAUGAUUACACCCUAAGGACUUCUUCAAUGAUUGAUAUGCAGGCCAAGUCUGCAAAUGAUCGUCCAAAGAGUAUACUAAAAUCGCCAUUGAGCACCACACCGGCUAGUCCUGAGUGUCUUCCUAAGCAAAGAAAUCUCAGCAGAUCAAACUUGAAAGUCUCCAUCAACCUCCCUGAUAAUGAGAUUACAUUGGCAAACAAUAAGCUUCUUACUCUCAUGGAAGCUGACAAGCAGUUUUCUACAAACACUAGUACUACUGGCCAGGUUCGCAGGAGCUCGGUUCCAGUGAGAUCACCUCUAUGCUUUCCUUCCAGUAUGGCACACUGCAUGAAUUGGUGCAAUGAUAUUGAUGGACUCAAAAGCAGCAGAAGCAUAUUAGAAGUGCUGAGAGAAGUUGAUGCAGAUAUAUUGGCUCUUCAAGAUGUAAAGGCUGAGGAAGAGAAAGGUAUGAAGCCUCUUUCUGAUUUGGCUGCUGCUUUGGGAAUGAAAUAUGUCUUUGCUGAGAGCUGGGCUCCUGAGUAUGGCAAUGCCAUAUUAUCCAAAUGGCCAAUUAAAAGAUGGAAGGUUCAGAAGAUUGCUAAUAGUGAUGAUUUCAGGAACGUUCUCAAGGCGACAAUCGACGUACCAUGGGCUGGAGAAGUGAACUUUUACUGCACCCAACUUGAUCAUCUGGAUGAAAACUGGAGGAUGAAACAGAUAGGAGCUUUGUUUCAAGCAAAUGAUCCUCCACAUAUCUUGGCAGGAGGAUUGAAUUCUCUGAGUGGAUCAGAUUACUCCUCAGAGAGAUGGUCAGACAUAGUCAAGUACUAUGAGGACAUGGGAAAGCCAACACCAAAGGUGGAAGUGAUGAAGUUUCUAAAGGGAAAAGGGUAUACAGAUGCAAAAGACUAUGCAGGGGAAUGUGAGCCAGUGGUCAUCAUUGCCAAAGGCCAAAAUGUACAAGGCACAUGCAAAUAUGGGACAAGGGUAGAUUAUGUUCUGUCAUCUUCAGAAUCUCCAUACAAGUACGUCCCUGGAUCUUACUCUGUCGUUUCAUCAAAGGGUACUUCUGAUCAUCACUUGGUUAAGGUAGACAUUGUAAAAGAAAGCAAGCCAUUUGUUAAGGAGAAUCUCAUUAAACGACAACACAAGUCAAUUCGGAAGCUCGUAAGUGUCACAAGACGUAACUGUUCUUCAAAAGGUUUAUGGAGAAUAUAGACACAUAAUCAGUGUCUUUAUUUUCCAUGUUUGGAGUCUAAACAAAUAUCUCUCUAUGCUGAAAGAAAGUAGACUUGGAAAGUAAAUUAUUGUGUAUAUAUAUUGAGAUGACUAUUAUUAGGAUCAUUUUCUUUUUUAAGAAGAGGAAUUUUCUUUGCAUAAUAGAUAGUAACCGCUAUGUCACUUUCCUCUUCUAACUAGUGGAGUUUACUCCUUUGGAUAAAUAGUUUGCUUAAACAAACUCAAUAUUAAUCAAAAAAAUUUGCUGACCAAAGUGGAUUACUUGCAUAGAAAAUAUUUAUAUUGUCAUAUAA